ACUCCGGUAACCGAUACACAGUUCACAGAACAAUCAAGCUAGGUUGCAUUUUACAGAGACUACUAUAUUUUGACAGCUUCUCAGGUGAGACACCUCGUUCAGGAGCUGUUUCACUUUCUCUUGAGUUGCCGAACACACUCGCUGUGAGCCUGGGGUUGUUACACUCAAAAAACAGUAAUUUGAAGCCCAUACACCACGGCACCAUGAGUAAAAAGAAAAAGGACUGGAGAACGGAGAAAGAGCGCUUGCUGAAGCUAGGGCUGGAAGAGCGACGCAAGGAGUAUCGUGGUAAUUUUAUGUCUCUGGAAAAGAUAUCCACCUGGAGGAAACAUGAAAAGACUACAGGAAAAUUGGAAGAGGAUGAGCAGAGAGGACAGUCUGUCUCUUUGAGUGACAAAGUGUCUCUGCACAAAGGUGACAUCACCAUUCUGGAAGUGGACGCCAUUGUGAAUGCUGCAAACCACAGUCUGCUGGGUGGUGGAGGAGUUGAUGGCUGCAUACAUCGGGCGGCGGGUCCCUGUCUCUAUGAAGAGUGUCAUACAUUGAACGGCUGCGUCACGGGCAAAGCCAAGAUCACCGGCGGCUAUGACCUCCCUGCUAAACAUGUGAUCCACACAGUGGGACCCAUAGCCAGAGGACUUGUGGGCUCUUCCCAGAGAGAGGACCUUGAGGCCUGCUACAAAAACUCUCUGCAGCUGGUCAAGGAGAAUGGCUUGCGCUCUGUGGCCUUCCCGUGCAUAUCCACAGGAAUUUAUGGGUUUCCCAAUGAGCCUGCUGCGGAGAUUGCCCUGAGAACCACCAAGUCCUGGGUCAGGAGGAACAGAGAUGAGGUGGACCGUGUCAUAUUCUGCGUUUUCCUGGAAACGGAUUACAAGAUCUACAAAGACAAGAUGGCUGAGUUCUUCUCACAAGAUAACGAUGUGGAUGAGGACUGCAGUGACACACAGGGAGAUGAGGAUGAUGCUGAGGGAGAUGAGGAGGGCCCUGUGGAUGCCGAUGCAGACAUGCUUAGUCAGAAAGAGGAGGAGGAUGAAGAAGAACAGAAGUCUAGAGAUGUGGAGAUGGCCAGUCAGGCCCAAGAUGAGGACGAGGCAGCGCUGAGGGACCCUGCUGUGCCGAGCCCGGAGACGAAGAAGAAAGAGAGAGACAAAGAAGAGGAGACGGCCACAGCAUCAGAGGAGUCCGCUGUCGAAGCAGGAGGAGGCGAGAGGAAAACCAAGGGGGAGGAGGAGGAGGAGGACGAGGAGGAGGAGAAAGAGGAGGAGAGAGGUGGCGCAGGGGAGCCUGCAGCUGCAGAGAGAGAAAGCAGCUCUGGGCAGCUGGAGAAGAAGAGUCCAGGGGUGCCGGACGACAAGCUGGGAAAGGGCUUCGUGAACAUCUCCGACUCCAAGGUGAGGGCUCCAUUGGCAGAGGAGGAGGAGGUCAUGGACGUGGAAGGUGACGUGGAAGAUGGAGAGCAAGGUGAACCCUCAGCAUCCAAGGACAGCGACACCAGCACCACUGAAGCUCAGGGCGAGGACUCGCAAGAACCCGAAUUAACUCAAACAGACAGCAAUCAGUCCAAAGACGAUGCCACAGAGCAGAAGAAGGAGCCGAGGAAGGAAUUGGAAGACAAUCAGCCUCAGAUGGAUGGCCGGCAAACUGUGUGAAGGCACACACACACACACACACACACACACACACACACACACACACACACACACACACACACACACUCACACCACACCAACUGUGUAUCACACUGAUUAAGGCCCAGGACCAUGCUUCUAAAUCACUAGUUUCCUAUUCUAUUCAACCCUUGUUGCUCUCUAUCAUGAUGAAAUGAAAUGAAAUAACUAUGAGAUAUACCUAUAUGUAACGUAUUUCCUGAACAACUGUAUAAAUGAACAUAUCAGAGAUAUUGAGGUGCGGGUGGGCGGGGUUUACUGGUCAUACCUCACUGAGAUGCUGCUUGAAUACUCCCAUAAUCCAUUGGGGCAUCCUAGUGCUGGAAUUCUAUGGUUUCAUAGUCUGCCACAGGAGAGCUUGAGAGGAAGACUAUAUCCAUGCCACUUUUCCUCCACACACUUGACAAGCCCACAUACUAAGAGGCCAACACAAGUGAAUAGAGCAAGAUUAGUAAUUGUUUAAAUAUAACUGACAAAUGUUAGGCUUAUACGUCAUGAAUUGUGCUCAUUAAGUAACACUACAGUUGAUGCUGACAAGGCCUAGUAAGGCUGAUACCAGUUUUAGUUCUACCUUUGUUUCCUAAGUGUGAGUGGACUUUGAAACCAAGUGAGUGGGCUUUUAGACCAAGUUAUUUACCAAGUGAUGAAAAGAUGGAAAAGGUACACAUCAGACAGCACUAACUGUUUAUCAUUUCUCUUCAAGUGUUUUUCAUCUGACUUCUGAUGCUCCGCCAUCGCAGCUUAAGUUCCACUCAGCUCAGCUCUGGCCCUGAUAGGGGCCGCACGUGUGUGAUGUAGUCUGCUUUGAAACACCUCAAAACCGCGCUGAUAAAAAAAAAUUAAAAAAUCUCUGGAAAGGGCAUUGAUCACGGCUGAUCUUCAAAGCCACCGUGACUUUGCAAGAGCUUAUUAAAGAGGAAUACAUUCAUCUCAUCCGCUUGGCGGCUCCGU